CUGCUGUCCCCCCAAAUCCAGGUGCAUGAUGGACAGCGACGACGAGGUGCGGGACAGAGCCACCUUCUACCUGAAUGUGCUGCAGCAGAGGCAGCUGGCCCUGAACGCCGCCUACAUCUUCAACGGGUUGACAGUGUCGGUCCCUGGGAUGGAGAAGGCCCUGCACCAAUACACCCUGGAGCCCUCAGACAAACCCUUUGACAUGAAAACAGUCCCUCUGGCCACGGCCCCCAUCUUCGAGCAGAAAGCAGAGAUUGCCCUGGUGACCAACAAACCUGAGAAAGUGGCUCCUUCACGCCAGGAUAUAUUUCAAGAACAACUGGCAGCCAUCCCAGAAUUCCAGAGCCUGGGUCCUCUGUUCUGGUGCUCCGAGCCCGUCCAGCUCACGGAAGCAGAGACCGAGUACUUCGUGCGCUGCGUCAAACACGUCUUCCCGAACCACAUCGUCUUCCAGUUCGACUGCACCAACACGCUCAACGACCAGCUCCUGGAGAGGGUCACGGUGCAGGUGGAGCCGUCGGACGCCUACGACGUGCUCUGCUGCAUCCCAGCUCCCAGCCUGGCCUACAACCAGCCUGGAAUGUGCUACACCCUGGUCAGGAUCCCCCAGGACGACCCCACUGCAGGUACCCCUUGGAGUUGUGCACCGCAAAAUCCCUCAAAGGAAAGGUUUGGAGAACACCCAGGCGUUGGGGUUUGGCAUCCCGGGAUUCUCACGGGGGUUUUGGGUGGAACCCAGGUGUGUGUGCAAAGGAUUUGACGUGGGUUUUAAACAUUCAGUGGUGUUGGGUGGUUAAAACUGGGAUUUAAAGGAGAUUUGAGAGGGUGCAGGUGGUGGAAACUGGAAUUGAGUACCUGGAAUCAAGGCGAGGAGCACAUGAACAUUUGGGGAUGUUAAAGACCAGAACCAGUCAAAGGAA